CCUCAAAAUUUCUGUUUCGACGAGAAUCUCCAAUACGACAGCCCUCGAGCCCAAAACGAACCGAACCAGCCUCUUUUGCUUGCUCGUCUUUUCUACAAUUUGAUGUCCAGUUCGAUCGGUCAAUGCCGGUUGCAUUAGGUCACUGCUCUAGUUUUCUCAAAUCACUGGAUUGUGUUGUUGAGGGAAGCUCUCUCUCAAUUUGAGUUGUUUCAAUUGAAUCUGGGUAAUGGCCAGAAAUGUGAGGUUUGAGUCGUGUUCGGCUAGUUCUGAGGAAUUUUCUUUAACAGGGAGCUUUUUAAAUGGUCAGAGGGGGAGUUAUAGCAGUGUUAGUCUGGAUAGGUCUGGAAGCUUCCGUGAUGGCGGGGAGAGUCGUGUUUUUGGUUCCAGCUCCCGGGGGAGUCCUACAUCAACUGGGGAUUUGCCCCAGUUAUCUGAUUGUUUAAUGUUGGAUCCUGUUAAAAUGGGGGAUCAAAUUUAUUCUCGGGUAUUGGGGAGCUCAUUCGGGUGCUCUGUGGAAGAUAAUUCUUUUGGAACUUCCCAUUCAAAGCCUCUACCUCCAGUAGCUAUAGAGGAACUAAAACGAUUUAAAACAACUGUGCGAGAUGCUUCUAUCAAGGCCAGGGGUAGGGCGAAAAAGUUUGCUGAUUCCAUUCAUAAGCUGAAUAAGUAUGGUGAAGCUUUAAACUCAAAGAAACAACAACGGAGUGAUAUGCUAUCAAAUGAAAGAUCAGUGGGUUCAAACUUUGUGAAGAUGGGAACUCAAGCUGAGCGAUACCUAUUGGCUCAAAGAUUGGAGGACAAACCAAAAAAUGUUGGUCUAAAUAAGCGAGUCCGCUCAUCUGUUGCGGAGAUACGGGCUGAAGGUCGAACUAAUUUCUCUUCGAGGCAACCUCUGCUCAUGGGAAAAGAUAGAGAUUUGAUUAUAGAUGUUGUUGAAGGUUCUGACAUUGUUGAGGAAAAGAUCCGUCGACUGCCUGUUGGAACAGAAACGUGGGACCGGAAAAUGAAAAGGAAGCGUUCCGUGGGUGCUGUCUCUACCAGACCCAUAGAUGGUGACGCAAAGCCAAAACAAGUUUUGCAUCAUAAGUUUAAAAAUGAGAGUGUUUUGCGGUCUUCUGAUGUCCAUGAUUUUAGAAUGGGAUCAUCUAAUGGUUGUAGUGGCAUUAACAAAGAUGGUACAACCCUUCCUGUUGGUUCAAACAGCCGUGCGACUUCCAAGAAUGAAUCUGAAAGAGUCUUUCCUUCAAGGGAUUUAACGUCUGCAUUGAGUAAGGAGCGAAGGAUAGCAAAGGGAAACAAGUUAAGUUCUUGUGAGGAUAAUGCUAUAGUCAGCCCUAAUUCAUUAUCAAAGGGGAAGGUUCCACUAGCACCACGAUCUGGCCCUGCAAUGUCAGGAAGCUCAUCUCCUAAUCUUCCUUGCACUUCUGGGGCACUUGAAGUCUCUGAGCGUCCUCCAAGCAUAAAUAAAUUUCAUUCUACGGGUGGGUCUAAUAAUCGCAAGCGUCCUUUGCCCUCAGGAUCUCCUUCCAUGGCUCAAUGGGUCGGUCAAAGACCACAAAAAAUCUCUCGUACCCGAAGAGCAAAUCUGGUGUCUCCUGUGUCGACCCAUGAUGUGGUGAAGAUGUCGUCAGAAGGGUGCUCACCUUCUGACCUAGGUGCUAGGGAAACUUCUAUUGGAACCAACGGGUCACUUCUUGCCAGAAAUGACAAACAUUUUAGAGUGAAACAUGAACAUGUCUCAUCUCCAGCCAGAUUAUCUGAAAGUGAAGAAUCUGGUGCUGGUGAAAAUCUUGAAAGCAGAUUGAAGGGUAAAGGAUCAGGAAGUUUUGUAGCAGAUGAAAGAGGGGUUAACUCUGUUCAGAAUGCUGUUCCUUCUGUAUCAUUUACAAAGAAGAAUAAAGUAAUCAAUAAAGAAAAAACUGGUGAUGGUGUGCAUAGACAAGGAAGGAGUGGCAGGGGAUCAUUAGUUUCUAGGGUUAGCAUUUCACCAAUGGGCGAGAAAUUGGACACACCAGCAAAGCCACCCAGAAGUAUGAGGCUUGCUUCUGAAAAGAAUGGAAGUAAGUCAGGGCGUCCUCAAAAGAAACUGUCAGAUCGCAAGGCCUUCAAUCGUCUUGGACACACAUCAAUCAGCAGUCCCUUGGAUUUGGCUGGUGAAUCGGAUGACGAUCAUGAAGAACUUUCAAAAGCUGCCAAUUUUGCAUGCAAUGCCAGCUAUCUUGCCUGCUCAAGUUCAUUCUGGAAGAAAAUGGAACCAAUUUUUGGUUGUGUCAGCUUAUUGGAUGCAUCCUACUUGAAACAGCAGCUGAAAUCUACUCAGGAGAAUAGUGAAAGCAUGUUUCGGUUGCCCGGCCAUGGCAAAAAUGUUCUGAGCGAGGUGCCUGGAAAGAAUUGUUGGUCUCGAGCUCUUGAUUCUGGACAAAGAGAGAGAAGCCUGGAAGAGAAACUUGCAUCUGGCGAUUUGGAUAAUCAAGAUCGGGACAUUGAUACUUUUGAAAAAUUUGAUGUGGAAAUGAAAACAGAAGCUACUCCAUUCUAUCAGAAAGUAUUAUCAGCUCUGAUUGCGGAAGAUGAAACUGAAGAAUUUGAAGAGAGGAAUGAAGGAAGGGAUAUGUCCUUCCAAUAUAAUAGAGAUGAUUUUUCUAAUGAGACUUGUCUCCCUAUUGAUGUUGAUAACACAAACCGGAUGAGGACUGAAUCCAAAUCUGAGUCCUUUUUGGGUCUUCAAAUUCAGAAGCAAUGUGCCAUCAACAAAUUUUCUUGUAAUGGGAGGACCAACUUCAUCAGGGAUACAAGCAUCCACAACAAAUUAUCUAGUGAGGAUCUGUUCCAAGAAAAUCCUGGAUUUAUGCAUUCAAAUAAGGGGACGUUCCCUUCAUUUUCUGAAUAUGGUGUUGAUGGGCAACUAGCUGAAUACACAAACACUUCUGGGAUUUUCUCCGUUGACUGCCCAUAUGAUCAAAUGUGUCUGGAAGAUAAACUGUUGCUAGAGCUGCAGAGUAUUGGCCUAUAUCCGGAGAAAGUGCCUGCCCUGGCAGAUGGAGAGGAUGAAGCAAUUGAUCAAGAGAUAGUUGAACUACAAAAGAAACUUUGCCAAAAGGUUGAGAAAAAGAAGGUUCAUGUGAACAAAAUUAUUAAAGCAGUUGAGGAAGACAGGAAAAUGGAUGAACGGGGCCUUGAACAGGUUGCAAUGGACAGACUAGUUGAGCUGGCCUACAAAAAGCAGCUGGCUACACGAGGAAGUAGUGCUUCAAAAUGUGGCGUCACUAGGGUUUCAAAGCAAGUUGCCUUGGGUUUUAUGAAGAGGACCCUUUCUAGAUGUCGGACAUAUGAAGAUGCAGGAAAAAGUUGCUUCACUGAGCCUGCACUUCAAGAUCUCAUUUUUGCUGCCCCUCCCCACUGCGAUGCUACUAUAAAAUUUCCUCCUGAGACUCAAAACUUUCAACUAGAGCUUGGGAUAUCAGGUUCCUUCCCUAAUAGAGCUGAGCGGCAUGAUCUUCAUAAUGAUAAAACCGGCAGCAGUUCAUUUGAUGUUGGAAAUCUUAAUUACCCGUCUGACCAGGAUUUUGCUAAAACUGGACCCAUAUUUAACCGAGGGAAGAAGAAGGAGGUGCUGCUUGAUGAUGUUGGUGGCACUGACUCCUCAAGAGCCAGAUCAACCCUUGGUAAUAACCAAGUGGGUGGAACAAAAGGAAAGAGAAGCGAGAGAGAAAGGGACAAAGACAUGGCUGGCAGAAAUUCUGUUGCAAAAGUCAGUUAUGCAUCAAUGGGUAACUUUAAGGGAGAGCGUAAAAUGAAAACAAAGCCCAAGCUGAAGGGAACUCGACUACAACCUUCUGGGGAUGGAUUUGUUAACAAGUUUACAGAAACAACUCAUGUAGCCAAUGGCAGCAGUGCAAAAGGAGACACAAGGUUGAUGUCUGGUGGUGACAUUCCUCAGGAUUCAUCUAAAGAGAUCAAGGAACCGCGAAAUGAUACAAAUUUGCGGUUGAAUGAACUAGACAACAUAGAACUUCAUGUAGCCAAUGACUUUUGUGGGCCCGAGGAUCUAAGUACUUUGUUGAACUUUGAUGAUGACGGUUUGCAAGACCAUUAUUCAGCGGGCCUUGACAUACCUAUGGAUGACCUCUCAGAGGUGCUUCUAUGAAGACAGUACACUGUAUAUUCCCAAGGAUUAUACAACUAUUUAGAUACGAAUGAUAGUGCUGUUGCUGGGGAAAACCUGCUAAUAUAAGUUAUGCCUCUAGCUAUUAGCACUUGUAAUUAAGGCCAUUCUUUUUGUACACUCAUUGAAAGAAAUUAGUUAAUGAAAAAGGAAAAAUCUUUUAACUGUUUACCUGA